AUGCGUCCUUCGACUUCUUGUUUUACCGACAAUUGGCGUCUCUUUCGUAUGUACUUCUUCUCAGAAGAACGUAUCUAUGCUCGAAUAAUGCUUCUAAUUUUAAUUAUCUUGGAAUUAAUUAGUAUUGGUUUGAAUGUAUUAUUGACAUACUGGAAUAAAGAUCUUAUUGAUACGUUUAUAAAAUUUGAUCAAUCAGCCUUUCUUCGUUCUCUCUUAUAUUUCAUUUUUAUUGCUAUCGGAAUCAUUAUUGUAUUAGUUUACAAGCAAUAUCUAGCACAAUUACUUCAACUUCGUUGGCGUCGUUGGUUAACUGAUGAUUUCCUUAGUAAAUAUUUAUCUAAACAUGCUUAUUAUCAAAUGUCACUGUUGAAAAAUAAUUGUCCAACAAUAGAUGAUCCAAAUGAUAAUCCAGAUCAAAGAAUAUCAAUGGAUGUUAAUGUAUAUGUUGAAAAUGUCUAUAUGUUACUAAUAGGUCUCUUGAAUUCAUUUGUUUCAUUAAUAUCUUAUGUUUUCGUGCUCUGGUCUCAUUCUGGCGUAAUCAAAAUAAAUCUUACUCAAAAUUUUUCAUUUGAAAUCAAAGGAGUUAUGGUUUGGUCUGCCCUUAUCUACGCUGGAUUAGGUACAUUGAUUACUAAUUUGAUCGGACGAGUUCUAUUUCGUUUGAAAUAUGUACAAGAACAUUAUGAAGCCAAUUUUCGAUAUGGACUUGUUGGUCUUCGAGAUCAUGCCGAAUCUGUUGCUUUUUAUCGAAGUGAAUCAAAUGAAAAGGCAUCACUGACAUCAUUGUAUGCUGAUAUAAUGUUUAAUUUUCGUCAAAUUAUUCACCGAAAACUUAUAUUCAAUUCUUUUAAUGCAUUUUACAGAAUGUUAGCAAUUAUCUUUCCAUUUCUUGUUGCGUCUCCACGAUAUUUUUCUCGAAAAAUUACACUUGGCGAUUUGACACAAAUAGCAGUAACUUUCGAAAAUGUACAUAGAGCACUUUCAUUUAUACCAAAUUCAUAUGAAACUAUUGUACAAUGGCGAUCAGCUACGAAACGUUUAAUUGAAUUUCAAUAUGUUUUAAAUGAAUUACAUGCAGCUAAACAAAAUUCCAAAAUUCAAUUUGUCUAUUUACCAAAUGAACAGUCGAUGAAAAUUCAAGAGUUAACUGUUCGAUUGCCAUUGAAAAUUGGGGAAGAUAAUGGACAGAUUCUCAUCAAUCGUUUCAAUUUAAUACUCCAGUCUCAUCAAACUGUACUCAUCACAGGCAAAAGUGGAUCUGGUAAAUCGACUUUUCUACGAACUCUUGCUGGAAUAUGGUCAUAUGGAUCGGGGACAAUCACUUUUCCUAUUAAUGAUACCGUAGCCUUUCUUCCUCAAAAACCAUAUUGUCCGCUUGGUUCACUUCGCAACUGUUUGACUUAUCCAUCGACAUCGUUCUCAUCUGAAGAAAAUAAAAAGAUUGAAUAUAUUUUAAAUCUAUGUAAAAUGCAAUGUUGGUUUGAUCGUCUUGAUGAAAUUCAAGAUUGGUCACGAAUUCUUUCGUUAGGAGAACAACAAAAGAUGGCAUUCAUUCGUAUUCUUUAUCUUAAACCAAAAUGGUUGUUUUUGGAUGAAGCUACAUCAUCGUUGGAUGAACAAGCAGAAACAUAUUUUUAUUCGAUCUUAAUCCAACAACUAAUGAAUUAUUCAACUAUCAUCAGUGUAGGACAUCGAAAUAAUUUAAGACAAUUUCAUCGAGUUGAAUUAGCAUUGGAUCGUGGUCUUAUAACCAUACUAUCCUUGUCAUCAGAAGACAAACUAAAAAAUACAUGUUUUUGA